GUCUCUCCCACAGUUCGAUGCUUUUUUAAUUAAUUGCAAAAUACAAAGCAGAAGCAAAAACAAAUUUUUGCGAAAUCAACCGCAUUUAUUUCAGACAUUUUGUGCAAAUUGUUGUGUUUUUGGUACGAAAGUGCAUAAUUUAUUGUGUAAGCAACGAGUAAAUUCUUUUUGUGGUUGGAAAAUCAGUCGCGAAAACACGCAAAUGUUGAAAAUUCACAAAAAUCAAACCGAAAUUGUAUAACAAAGCAGAAGUUGUAGAAAGCAAAAUUUGCGUUCGCAAGUAUUUUUGUAAUGAAAAUUUUCACCAACAUUGCGUGAAGGCUGCAAUAGUUUGAAAGGUCGAGAAAAAAACAAAAAAAAAAAUAUUAAAAGAAACAAUAACAAUUAUAUGUGCUCAAAAUACCGUAAUUACAUAGUAUUUUUAACAUGCAGGUAAUGUUUUAAAACUACGAAAUCUACAAUAAAUAAAUACAGCAAUGCAGUAGCAUAAGCGCUAAUAGUGUACUAAGAAUUAAUGGGCGUAAAAACCGGAACCGCAGACUGUUUCGUGUGCCUUUCGUAAGUGGAUUGAGUGAAAUUUUCCAAUAAAACACAAAAAAAUAAAAAUAAAAUAAACAAAGUUGCAUACAACUAAAAGUGAAACUAAGAAAGUAAAGCAAAAAACAUAAAUAGUACGAGAAAAUAUUAUAAAAAAACAGUUAUAAUACUUGAAAAACAUAUAUAAUGUAUAAAAAAGUAUAUAAUAUUUAAAAACCAUACAUAAUACAAUACAAAAAAGUCUAUAUACUAACUGUAAACGUGUAUUAACUCAGCUGCAAUUUAUUUACCAAGCGCACUUCACAUCUUUUUGUAGUCUACGCCGACGAUUUUUUGUGUAAUUGGCUAUAUUUAGCAUAUCGAUGUGCCGCAAGUGCAUUAAGGCUUCCUUGUAGUUAACAAAUAUAAUACAUACAUACCUACAUACAUACAUAUGUAGCAUAACGAUAUAUUUCGAAAGCAAUAAACGCUAAUCCGUGUACGGGUAAAAAACUCUUAUUAACAAAAUUGAAUUUCUUAAUGAAAAAAAAAUUAAUUUCAAAACAAUUUUCAAACAAAACUGAAUUUGUUGACGAAAUAAAAAAUUUCACUGCAAUUUUCAAAUAAAACUGAAUUUGUUGACGAAAAAAAUUUAUUUCAAUAUAAUAAAAUUUUCAAACAAAACGGAAUUUGUUGACGAAAUAAAAAAUUAAUUUCACUAAAAAGUGUUUCGGCAAAAUCUAAAGUAGUUGCGUCACUUCCGCUCACUUCAACUGCAACGUUGUCUAUUCGAACAAUCAAACUGUCGCUUCCAACUGUUCUAAAUACAAACAAAAAAUAAAAUAAAAAACAAAAACAAAUAAAAACUUAUGCAUAUUGUGUAAAAUAUACAUAUAUACUUAUAUCAUAUUGCUAACUGCAUAAUCAACGCCAAUAUACAUACAUACGUACACUCAAAUAUAUUUGAUAAGUAUUUAAUGUAGCAAGUGUGUUGGAAUUCGGAAUUUACAGCAAACAUCGCUUCAGUGCAAAGCGUUAUCAACAACAAAAAAAUAUAUACAUAUAAACAAACAAACAAAAAACACCUGUAAAUUGCUCAGCAGUGUCUUCCAUAGACCACAUACACACUCUUGCUUUAUUUACGCAGCCACUUUUCUGCAGAGGAAAAUAUUAAUACAACAGCUGUGUCAUACAAAAAACAACAACAUAAAAAUAUAAACAUUAAUUUAUUGAGGAAAAAUUCUAAUAAAAUACCUGUGUCUAUUUGCAAUUCGCUCGCAGCCGCGAAGUGUCAGCAAAGUAAAGUGCCAAGUGAAGAUUGUGGAAAAAAACAAAAGUGCUAAAAAGUGUAAGACGUAAAGAAGGUGAACGAAUAUUGAUAAGAGAAUUGUAGUGUAUAGAGUGUGCCAGAAAGCAACAAGCUAAAGGUGACAGCAAAACAAAACAGGCAAAUAAAAACAAAACGAAAAACGACAAAGACACAGUCAAAACAACAAAAAAGCAAAAAUAUAUAUGCGCUGAGAAGCUGAGGUGCAUGACAAAAUUUGCAAAAAUUAAUACACAAAACUUGUGAAUGAUUUUGUGGGCGUGCGUUGUGUGAAUAACAUUAAUAACAACAACAAAAAGCAAUAACAUUAUAACAUAUUGAUAAAAAAAUUUUAUAUGCGGAAGUAUAGAAGAGAUAUAGACAAAAAUGUGGAAUGAGUAAAUAAAAAGAAAAAACGGUGCAAAAGUGUGCUGGAAUAAAAAUUUAAAACGAAUAAAAGAUAAAAAAUAAAACUUUAAAAGAGUUUGAGAGUUUUCUCCAAAACAGUUGAUUAAACAUAGUAAAAAGUAAAAAAAAAAUUCAGUAAAUUUUUUUCAAAAAAUCAUUUAAACAAAGCGAAUAUAAAAUUAAAAAUAAAAAUUUGAGUGAGCCUUCUCCAAAACAAAUGAUUAAACACAAUAAAAAGUAAAAAAAAUAAAAGAAAUUUCUUAAAAAAAAUUAAUUACACCGAAAAAAAUUAUAAAAAAAAAUUAAGUGAGCUUUCUCCAAAACAGUUUAAUAAACAAAAACUAAAAAAAUAUAUAAGUGAUAUUUUUACGAAAAACUAAUAAAUGUAAACACAAACCAUUUCGGUGUCUAAAUCAGUGACUAAUAAAAAUUUAAAAAAUUGUGUUAAUAAAAUUUAUAACUAACGCAAAUAAAUGGCAAGUGAAUUGAAUUUUCUAAAGCAAAAUAACUGUGUUGAAAUAUCAUUUUGUAUCAAAAAUAUACAAACUAAAAUAAUGCAACAGUGAAGUGCUUAUAAGGCAACAAAAGAAAACUGCGGUUAUCCACCAAUAUUUCCAUAAAAAUAUUCCUACAGAAGUAAUUCCAAUAAAAAAAACUAUAUCGAAACAGCGUGAAUUUUUAGAAAAUUAUUUGCUAAAGAAAAAAGCGACAUCCAAUAAUUAUAAUAAAAUAAUAAAACAGCAACUACAGUGCAUAAACCAAAAAAAGCAAACGAAAGUGAGUGCAUAAAGAGUUAAAGCCAACAACAUAAAAUAAUAAUACGAAGUUUUUAAUUGUAUUAUGUGCAGUGGAAAAUAUUUUUAACUAAAAAAAAUUUUGGCGAAACAAAUCACGACUUUUGACUUCGUACAGCCUCCAAUAAUUUUAGUUUUAAUAUCCAAGUGAAAUUUCAUCGAGUGUGAGUGCCACGCCUUUCUAAUUUUGAACUAAAAAGUUUAGCAAACUCAGCAAAAAAAAAAACUCCAGUGAACGAAAUGCAUCAACCACGCUAUAGUCCAGCACCUCCUCCACAACAACUGGGAAUGCGGCCACCGACGCAGUUGCCGCCACCGCGUCCUCAAACUUUUGCAAACGGAAGCUCUUCCACAGUACCGCCACCGCGUACAGCCUUCCCUGGUGCACCACCACCAACUUCAGCAGUCGCAUUAAAAGGGGCCCCCAGGCCAGCUAUGACUAGUCCAGCAGCAGCAGGCGGCUUAGCAGGUGCUCCGUAUCGCGGUGCCAGUUGGACACCACAGGGUUACGCUCCAGCUGCCGCUGCAGCGGCUGCUGCCGUCGCUCAGCAAGCCUAUAGAUAUACAGCUCCAUUGCCGCAACCAGCUUACGCGGCCUAUACACCACAUACAGCAACAACACCAGCAACAACUACGUACGGUCAGCGUGUACCAACUGCAGCAUCGCCAAGUAAUACGAACUCGAGCAGCUCAUCAAACACCGGCUCACAGAGCGGAACUUUAAGUACUAGUCUGAGUAAUACCAAUACAAAUACAACAAUGGGUCCUAGUAACGGUACACAGCAACAAGGUGAACAAUUGUCAAAAACAAAUUUGUAUAUUAGAGGAUUGCAACAAGGCACAACCGAUAAGGAUUUAGUAUCUAUGUGUGCACAAUAUGGAACGAUUAUUUCAACCAAGGCUAUUUUAGAUAAAACAACAAACAAAUGUAAAGGUUAUGGCUUUGUCGACUUCGAGUUGCCAGCAUAUGCCGAGGGUGCCGUCAAGGGUCUACAAGCUAAGGGCGUUCAAGCUCAGAUGGCCAAAGUGGGUAUCUGGGUGCUUCAUAGGCCGGCCAUUCAACAAGAACAGGAUCCCACAAAUUUGUACAUUGCAAAUUUGCCACCACACUUCAAAGAGACGGACUUGGAGAAUAUGCUCUCGAAAUAUGGGCAAGUUGUGUCGACUCGCAUAUUGCGCGAUCAGCAGAUGAACUCAAAAGGUGUUGGCUUUGCACGCAUGGAGAGUCGUGAGAAGUGUGAGCAAAUCAUACAGAUAUUCAAUGGUAAUACAAUACAGGGUGCCAAAGAUCCACUUUUGGUUAAAUUCGCCGAUGGUGGUCCAAAAAAGAAGAAUCUCUAUAAGAAUCCUGAUCCAAAUGCGCGAACGUGGCGUGAUCCCACCGAAGGGAUGCCGGUCACCUAUGAUCCGACUAUGCAACAGAAUGGUGUUAGUGUUAAUGUUGGCACACCAAUUGGCGUGCCGUAUUCACGUUUUAGUGCACCACCGGUUAGCAGUUAUCCAAUGACGACUGGUUCGCAAUGGAUACCCGGUUAUAUGAUGACACAGCAAAUACCACAAGUUGAGGAUCAAUACAUACAAAUGGCUGCUGCCCCACAAUUGGGCGUCGCAUCCUACAAACCAGACGCUGUAAAUCAGGUGCAACCACGCGGCAUCUCGAUGAUGGUCAGUGGUGAUCCGUCUGUGCCAUAUGGACCAAUGGUGCCACAAUUAGCCACAUUGCAAAUUGGCAAUUCCAAUUUCUCUCCAUCAUUACAGUAUAUUAGUCCAACUUAUCCAUAUUAUGCACAACCAACAAUUAUUCCAACAAUGCCAAUGACAGAUUCCGAACAGGCUAGCACAGCUGCAUCACCCGAUGAGGCAUAUACACAGUAUCCACAUCCAGCCGCUCCCAAAUAGGUCAUCGCGAGAUGUAAUAUUAUGAUGCCGCGAUUGACACUCUAAUGGGAGUUGGAAGUGGAAUCGGAUAAACGCGAACAACAACAACAACAUAAUAAUAUGCAACAGUAGUAUAGACGAUAAUAAUAACAACAACAAUAACAAAAUGAAGCCACAAGUGGAAGGACAAAACGAAGGAAUACAAAACAAUACAAAUAUUGCAACAACUUAAACAACAACCACAACAACUGUAACUGCAACAAGGAAAUCGGCGACAACCAACAACAAUAAAAACAAAUAGAAUAUAAACCAAAUAAUAAAAUAAAAUUGCAAAUAUUUAAUGAACUAUGGGUUGCCACUACGAAAACAAGUGAAAGCAAAUGAUUUACAAAUAUUUAAAGCAGUUUUCUGCAACAACAAAACAAAUGUAAGAGAAGGCAACCAAAACAACUUGAAAAUGUAACAAAUGAAGUAAACAAAGGAUAGAAAUAAUAUUUUAUAUUUGUUUGCGAGAAUAAUGAAUGCAAGUAUGGCGACAUUUUAAAGCAAAGUUGAAUAAUUAAAAUGAAGAGAAAUGUAAAGACUAAGUUAAACAUACACAUACAUACAUACUUACUUAUAGAAAUUGGAAAAAAACGCGAAACAAAACGCUGCAAACAAGAAGCGAAGCAAAGCAAAGGGAAAAAAUUGCUAAAAGCGUUACAUAUAUACACAUGUACAUUUGUAAUUUGUAAUAAGAAACGCUAACAGAAAUGAAAGUGAAAAAAAGCUAAGCGACAUUUGUAAUGAGCAAGCUUAUAACUAGUAACAGCAACAAAGGCUUGAAGCAGCGGGUGCAUAAUAAUAAUAAUUAAUAGCGUAAUAAAGUAAUAAACUAUACACAAAAUGGCGGCACACGAACCAGCAGUGGCUAGCGGACGAGACGAGAAUCUUAUGAGCAGGCAAUAUGAUUGUAUUUUUGAAUAUUUAAAUAAACGAAGAAGAAGCGUUAGUCAAACACACUGUGCUGGCCGGUGGAAAUUAACUAAAAUAAAAUAAUAACAAAUGAAAUUGAAGCAUAAAAAAAUAAGAUAAAAGAAAAAAUGGAAAAGUAAAAGAAAUAUGAUUGAGAACCCGCUAAAAACAUGCAAGGAAUUUUGAAUGUAUUUAUGUAAUAGAGUACAUUAAAGUAUUUACAUUUUGAAUGAGCUAAUGAAACGACGAUGAAAUGAGCGCAUAAGUAGUUGACGAAGCAUAUGUAAAAGUAGAAAAAGUUGAUAAGCUAACGGUGUAGUGGGGGUUUGGUGAAACCAAUUUAUUUAUUUAAUACUUAAAGUAGAAAACAAGAAUGACCGUAUGAGAGAAGUAACAAAGAAGAUGUUGAAAUGAAAGCGAAGGAAGCAUACGUUAAGAUGUUGUUGUAAAAGAAGAGGAAGUAGCUGAGAAAGCAGCGAAGCAAAGUUUACUGGAAAUUUUACACAAGAUUGUUGAAUUUCUUUGAGUUUUUCAUUUUAUAAAUGACAUUUAACCGUUAUAUUUUUAUUUGUUACUUUUUGAAGAAGAAAAUUUAAACACAUAUACAUAAUAGUUUGUAGUGAAACUGCGAAAUGCAGCAGCAAAGCGACGAGUAUUUACAUAAAUAAGUGGCAAUGAGGACACAAAAAGUACCAAGUUGUCGGACAAGCAAGCGAAAAGAAUGCAAGCCACACUAAUACAUACAUACUAAUACAUAAAAAACAAAGAUACAUUGUACUUUCCGUCUCCAACUGCAUAAAUACACAUACACACACACACACGUGAACACAUUUAAUGUGUAUGAAAAUUUGUUAAAUACAUUUGUAUGAAAUGAUUUCUUUUGCAAGACAAAAACAUUAAUACAAAAACAAAUAUAAAAACAUAAGAAACUUUAUAUAAAUGAAUAAGUUGAAAAGGUGAUGAGACCAGCGGUUGAUGAUAAAGAAUUGUUGAAGCAAAGGCAAACAGCAUAUUGGCAAACACAAUUGUUUGUAUGUAACAUUUGCAGGCGUUACGUUACGUACAUUAUGUUACAUUACGUACAUCAUGUUACGUUAACGCACGUCACGUUACGUUACGUAAAUGUAUACAGAAAGCGAAUGCAGAGAACGCGUUAGCGCAAGCGCGGUCAGGUAUACCGGCAUUGGCUGUUUUGAGCGUUCAUUUUUUUAGGGAAGCAAAACAAAAAUGGCGUAAACUAACGUUAAUAUUAAUUUAAGUCAAGUCAAGGGCGGGGAAAUAAGGACUAAAUUGCAUUUAAGAAAACAAAAAUGUGAAAUUAAAAAUUAAAAAAAAAAAAAUUAUCUUUUAAUUUGAAAAUGAGAGUUUAUUAUAAUAUGAACAAGCAGUUAGAGGGUAUGUGCAUAGAAAAUGUGAGCGAACGCGAGAGCGAGCGAAGCGAUAGCGCAAUUUAGAAAGAGUCCAAAAAAACACGAAAAUGAACCGUUAGUAUUGGCGUACUAAGCUCGAAAAUGUUGUAAAAGCAAAGCGCAUACAGCAUGCUAACGGCAGGUGGCGCAUGCGCGUUGAAUGUAUGUGUUGCUUAAGGACUCAAUUUUGUAGCGAAUAAAGCAGUUUUUGCUAAGAAAGAAAAACACAUAAAACAAAAAACAAUAAAGAUGUUUAAAAAAAGUGGAAAAAUGAAAUUGUAGAAUUUUUUACAUACAAUGCAGAAAAGCAAAAAUAAGUAGUGCAUAGCCAAAAAUGAAAAAAAAUAAAUAAAUAAAAAAAAUUAAAUAAAAGAAAUAACAAAGUAACACAGUAGAAAACUAGUGCUGGAUGAAAAAACAUGGCAGAUAAAUGAAAGCAAAUUGGCUUAAAUGCGGUGUUAACUGAAAAUGUAGUUUUAGUAGUUAAAAAAGGGGAAUAAGUGCAUAGACUAGAUUUAUGUGUGUAAGAUAAUUGCUGUAGCAUUAGUCCGUAAUAAAUUGCAUAUACAUGCAUAUAUGUAUGUAUAUAUAGUAUAUAUAUACAAUAUAUGUAAGAAUGAGAGAGAAAUAAAUUGUUUCUAUUUUUAGCACUCUUCAGUUACUUUGCUCUAGCUUUAAGCAUACUCUCUUUGUUAAGCAUUAGCGUUUUUCCUCCGCUCCCCUUUUAUUCUUAAGUAUUAUUAAGACUUUACCGUUUUUAGUGAGUAACUGAAAAAAUUUAAACUGAAUUAAUGACGCAUUCAAAACAAAAUAAAAACUAAAAAUUAAAAUAAAAAAUUUAAUAAACAAAAUAAUAGUAGCAGAAAACGUAUUAUGUGUAAGCAGUAAAAACAAGCAUAACAAUAAUAAAAAAAUGUAAUUUGAGGCGAAAUUUGUGGGCAAACACGAGUUUACUGUAAUUUUGCGCGCCAAAGGUAAAGCUACACUUUUCUAAUGGGAUUUUGAAAUGCAAAAACGCAAACAAUUCAAAUAAAAGUAAAUUAAUUUAAAAAAAGAUCAUUUUUUUAAUAAAAAAUAUGAAAUUAAAUAAAAAAUUUGAUUUUAAAAAAUAUUAUUGAACUUCUUUAAAGUCUAUUCUUAAAGUUUUUUAUAAUCUUAGUUGAAAAAUCCAGCAUUGUACCAAAUAUUUUGAAAUAAUUAAUGAAAUUGAACUGUAAAAUAAUAGUAAUGAAACACCAUAAUUUUUUAGCAUUUUCAAAUUAAAAUUUAAAUGCGUUUUCAAGCAAGGCAAACUCCAUUAGAAAACUUUAGUAAUACUUUUGAGCAUUUUAUGCCAUUUUGUGGUUUUUUUAUUUGUAAACUACUGAAAUUCAUGAAAAUGUAUAAACGAAACAAAAGAAAACAAAAAAUUAGAUUGCAAUUUAAAACAGUUUUUCGAAAUAUUUUUUGACUUUUGUUUGCGUGUAUUUGUUUUAAAAGAAUUAACUUUUUCGAAAAAUAAUUAUCUUUGAAUAUAAUAAUAGAAAUUAUUAUUAUAGAUUAUUUUUUUUUAAUUUUGUUUCGAAAAAUAGUUGUUUUUGAAUGUAAUAAUUUGGAAAAAUUAUUUAUAAAAAAUGUUUAAUUUUUCAAAAAAUAAAUUAUAUGUAUAUGUAUAAAAUUUUUUUAAUUUUUCAAAAAAAUAAAUUUUUACUAAAAAAAUAUUUUAAAUUUUGUUUUGAAAUAAUUAUUUUUUUGAAAAAUUAAAAAUUGUGUUUAAAUAUAUUUUCUUUUAAAACACAAUUUUCAAUUGUUUUCUUGAAAAUUUAAUUUUUAUAAUUCAAAUUUUUUUAAAUAAUUUUUCUGAAAAAUAUUAAAAAAAAAUUAAAUGAAAAAUAUUUUAAAAAAAAUUUAACAAUUUUUCUGAAAAAUCGUUUUUUGAAAAAAGAUAUUUUUUCAAUCAUUUUUCGGAAAACUAUUGUUUUUUAAUAUUUUUUUUGUCGUGUAGUUGCAAUUUUAAUAGCGAAAAACCACUCGUGCAAUUGACGCCAAAUAUUCAUGUGGAACUAAUUAUUUUGGAUAUGAAUAUUGAAAUUAUUUUUAUUAAAAUAUUGUUUAGAAUUUUUCUUUUACGUCUUCUUCUUCUCAUUCAAAUUAAUAAAACUUUUCGUCUCUUUUGAUUUAUUAUAAAACAUUUAAUUUAAGGAAAAAUAAAAUAAAUAAAUGUGCGAAAAUAAUAACAAAAAAUAAAAAUUGUCAUUUUUGUAUCAAAAUGUUUUUUUUUUUUGAAAAAUAACUUUUAUUUGCAAGUAAUUAUUUGAAAAAACAAACUUUUUUGUGUUAUUUAUAUUUUUAUUAUUAUUUUGUAUAAAAUAUACAUACGUACAUAUUUUGCUUAUUUUAUUAAUUAUUAUUUUUAAUUAAUUUUGUUGUUUUUGUAAAACUUUUAAGCUUAGCAUUUUUUAUUUAUUUAUAUCCACUUCAAGAGUUGACUACAAAAGUUCUCAAAUAGUCACUCAAAUGCAGUGUAAUGUGCUAGACGCAGUUUUGUAAAAUAAAAAAAAUUGGCUUAUAGUUUAAAAAAAUGUAUUUUAUUAAUUAUAAUUUUUAAUAACCAUAUCCAAAAUAAAAAAAAAAAAUACUGUUUCUAAAACAGUUCGGCAAAAGCGUUAUCUGCUAAAUAUUUAAUUGAAACCACUGAAGAAGUCAAAGGCAUUGAGCUUUUACUACUGUUAACAAGAUAUACUUUUCAUUAUUUUAAUGCUUUUAAAUAAUUUAAUUUUAUUUUUAUUUAUUUUUUAAUAUUUUUUUUUUAUUUUUAAUCUUUUUUUUUAUUUUUAAUCUUUUUUUUUAAUUUUUUUAUUAUACUAAUUAUUUUUAUAGCUAUUUACACCUUAGCUGUUUUUUGUUUUUUUUUGGUUUUCGAGUGGGUGAAAUAGUGUUUAGUAUACACAAAAGACUAGUUUGGCAUAAGAAAAAAAAAAAAACAAAUUUAUAUGAAACAAACACAAAAAGUAAUUCAUGAAAAACUAAUUGUAUUAAAAAAUUGUAGUUUUUUAAAAGCAAAAAAGCAGUGGGAAAUUAGUAAUAAAUUUAAAAUGAAUGAGAAUAUUGUAUUUGAACAAGAAACAUAAAAAACAGUAGUGAACCAGUAAAUUUAGUAAUAAAAAAUGCUAAUAAGCGUGCGUUAAAAUUUAAGUAAAUCAAUAAAUGAUAACAAAAAUAAACCAGAAGAAAGUAGUUUUAUAUGAAAGUUGAAACAAAGAAACUAAAUAAACAAAAGUAACAACUGACUUGUAUUAGUAAGAAAGAAACUGAAGAACCAACAACAACAACACAAAACCGACACACAUUAAUUAUUUAAGUGAUUAUAGCGAAUCUAAUACGUUAACUGAAAAUAAUAAGUUAUUGAACUUAAAAGAAAACUUUGGAAAACUGCUUACAACCACAAUAUUACAUACAAAAAGAAAAGCAAAAAUUAAUUAUUAUAUUUUUUAUUUUACGUUUUGUGUUUUGUGGCAUUCGAAUGCUUUGCUUUAAAGUUAAUAAAGAGAAAUAAUAAAUUUUAAUAUGAAAGUACAUGCUGCUGUGUUGCUAGAGAUUUGUUUGUAUUUGUGAUUAAAAUUUCAAUGGAACUAAAAUAAAAUUAAGUUUGAAAAACCAAGCGCUGCAAGUAAAUAAAAUCAAAUAAUUUCAAAAACCAACGGACAUAUUUACAUGGUUAAAGUGUUAAAGCAAAACCUGCCUGGAUAUGACCAACUGACACCCGGAUUUAUUACAAAUUUCCCCCAAAGAACGCUGCACAUGCGCUUGAUUUCCUUUCAUCAUUUUCAACACUGAUUUCUUCCAACUGAGCGCAAUUUUUUUUUUUUAUAACAAAUUUCUUACCGAGUUUCUAAAAGGGCUUUAACAACUUUCCACGACAAAGCACUUCUAAUAUAUGUAUAAAAGAGGGAAUGGAAAUUUUAAAAAGGUUAUGUAAACAUUUGAUAAUUAAAACUGGCAAGCAAAAUCUAUAAAAAAUUGUAUAGUUUCUAACUAGCAUGCAUAAAGAAAUCACAACAUUCCAAAAUGCAUUACUUGUAACCCUUUUGUUUGGCAGAAAAAAAAAAUAUUUCAAAUCUAUAUUUAGAUUACAAAACAAUAACCAAAAUUUAUGAUCCUCUAACUGCACUAUCCGUGCAACAAAUGUCUUCCUUUUAUAUAUAUUGAAUUCAAAAUAACCAUUAUAGCAAAGAAUUCAUAUACAAUAAAGAAUGAUAUUUUUAAUAUAUAUACAUAUUAUCUAAUUAUAUACAUACGUACAUAUGUACAUAAAUUUAUGUAUUUUUAGGCACAUAUACAUAAAGACUUUAAGGAUCAUAAAUAGCCAAUAUUCAAACUUUUAGCCAAAAAAAACGUUAUUUGUUUGCUACAAUUUCUGACUGAUAAAUUUUAAAGCUCAAAUGCCUAUUUAUUCUAUAUGUUUACAUAAUAUAAGUUCCAAAAUCCAAAAUCCCUUACAUAUAGUAGUUUUGGCAAAUUUUAUGAUUUUUUCCAGGCUACGGCAAGCGCUUACAAAACCGCUGAAUAAUGAUGCUUAGAAAGUGUAGCAAGAAAAAUUAUUAAGUUUCUUUCACCGUUAGCAUGCCACCAGACACUGUUUAUCAAGUAAAUGCCAUAAAAUUGCCGAUUAAUUGCAUAUAAACUCACCGAAAGGUGUAUGGAACACUCAUUACGAAAGCACGCUGUAGAAAUUAUAUGAAAGUUUGGUCUGCGACUGAAAGCACCAUUGGCUUUAUGAAAGUUUCAGUGUAAAAUUCGGUAGUUGAAAAAUUCGUAAAAGUUUGCCUUGCGAAUGAAAGCAUCGAAAGCUUUAUGAAAGCUCGGUAUAAGCGGUAAAAUGAUUUCAAGACGUUUGAACUUCACAUAGAGACCUUAGUGCUUCAACUCGCCAAUCAUGCUUGAAUAUUAGCAUUCUACCAGGUUUAUACAAGUUUCUUUGCGAAUGAAAGCAACGUUGGCAUUAUGAAAAUUUCAAUAUAGAAUUUGAAAAACUCGUGAAAGUUUGCCUUGCGAAUGAAAGCAGUGAAAGCUUCUGUAUGAAAGCUCGGAAGUUCGAAAAUUUGUGAAAGUUUGGUUUACGAAUGGAAGAACGCAAGGCUUUAUACUAUAUGUAUUUUAGCUCCAGCAUGAAAGCACGCAAAUUAAAAAAAAAAUACACAUAAAAACGUGAUUUGGGAUUGAAAGCAACGUAAGCUUUAUUAAAGCUACAAUAUAAGAGCUGCCGUUAGUUAAAAGUUAUUUCAAAAUGAAAAUACAACAGAGUAAAAAUUCCCUUCAAAAAAAGCUUACAGCGAAAACCGAUUGAAACCCACCCGUUAACAAGUCGACUGAAAUGAAAAUCACAAAUACAAAUCUAAAUCUCAAAAGAGUUCCAUUGAUGUGCAAUUUCGUUUGUAACCUGAUUUUAUACAUUUUUAUUGUAUUUGUAAUUUUAAUGUUUGCAAGGCAAGUUUCAGGCCACACUUUGUAGUUCAAACGUGCUUGACACUUCGAUUUCUUAACUUUUUGUUAUUGUUUUUUAAAACACUAGUGUUGUUCUUGUAGAAAAAGAUGAACGUGUUUAAAGCUAGUAAUUUAAGUAAAAUUAAAAUUAAUUUAUUUGUAACAGUUUUUCUGCAGGCUAACACACACAUUUGUUAAGAAAAUUUGUGCGAAGACGAGAACCACAAGUAAACAUAAAAACAAAAAAAGAAGCAAAUAAAUUGCAAAUAAAUUGCAAAUGCAAACAAAAGUAUUUUUUGACGAACACAAGUUGAAAACGAAGAGAAAAAACAAAA